GAUGCGGCGACGGUGGCGACAAGGCCCCUGGAGUUUGGAGCCCGAGGGCCUUUGCAGGGGUCGAUGGCGGCAGUGCAUUUCAGUUCGCGAAGGUGCUUCGUGAUUGUCGCGGCAUGCAAUCGAUGCUUGUACACCAGCCCCUCGUCGACAUCGACGUUGGUCUAGUGAUGAAGCGCGUGCGGCACCUCCACGAUCGCGCCAUCGCCUCUGGGCGCUCCGUCUACAUCGGCACGGCGAGCGACCCUUCAUCAUGGCGAUGGAAUGGAGGAUGGGGGUGGCGAGGAAACGACCGAAGCUUCAUGCGCGGGCACAAGCUCAGCUACGACGAGAUGCAAGUGGUCGCGUCCUUCCCCGGCAAACAAUGCGGAGAGGUUGAGAAGCAUGUGAUCGCGCACUUCCCCCGUGCUGACAACAAGGUCGCGUCGCAGCAGGGGCUUGCG